GGUGAAGGUCGUGAAACACUUCCAUAUCAGCUGCGACUGUCCUCUUCGUUGUGUAAAUCUGAUAGUUGAUUGUUCGCAGGAAAUAAAAUGUUCGAAGAACCACCCCCCGUUGCAAACUUCUGAUUAAUGUUAUCUAGAAAUACUGCAAGGAUAUGAGGGUUUUCCUGGAUUGGUGUAUCUGUAUGGCAAGUCACUGUGGAAAGAAACCUUCCAGGAGCACCAAGACCUCAACACUUAAAAGCAUUUUGCACCUCAGCAGGCCAAUGACUAAACUAUGCCUCUCCACCCUCUUCUCAAUCUAUGCUGCCGAGUUCUUCAGUAGUAAUUCUUUAAUAUGGCAGAGACUAAGAACUUAUCUGUGCCUCGGUCCCGCCACCAGUCUGCUGACAGCAGCACGAGCUGUAACACGGAGCACUCUGACAGCUCCUCCUCGUCUGACAGCUCCGUGGUAAGUCUCCCACAUGCUCCAGAUGGUGGUUGGGGCUGGGUGGUUGUUCUGGGGGCUUUCGUAGUCUCCGCUGUUUGUGAUGGAUGUGCAUUUUCCUUUGGAGUCUUGUACACAGAACUUUUAGACCAUUUUGGUGAGAGCAAAAGUAAAACGUCAUGGGUUGGCUCUCUGUUUGUGGGUGUACCACUGGUUUGUGGACCUCUAGCCAGUGCUCUGGUGACCAAAUUUGGAUGUCGGAAAAUGACAAUAGUUGCGGGAUUUGUCUCCUCUGCCGGAUUCAUUCUCAGUUCUUUCGGAAACUCGAUAGAGAUGCUGUGCGUAACAUUCGGAUUGGUUGCAGGAGGAGGAAUGUCGUUGUGCUAUGUCACUUCGGUAGUCAUAGUGGCUUUUUACUUUGAACAAAAGAGAGCUCUUGCAACAGGACUUGCAGUGUGUGGGUCAGGAAUAGGAACGUUUAUAUUUGCACCGUUGACGGAAUUUCUGAUUGAUAAAUAUGGGUGGAGAGGCACUGUGCUUAUUCUGGGAGGUGUGCUCUUGAAUAUAGUUGUUUGUGGAGCUUUGUUUCGACCACUUAAGUUUACAAGAGCAGAAAGGAGAAGGAGGGCACUGGAACAGUUCGACAAAUUAUCCCGAACCAUUUCGCGCCAAAGCCUGCCCUCACGAGGACGUAGCCGCUAUAGCAGUGAAGUAAGUCACUCAGACAGCUCUGAUGAAGACAACAAAGACAACCAAUUCGAACUUGAACAAAUUAGUCAUUCUCAAGUGCAGCUCCCUACAUAUGUCAAUUCAGACCAAAAGACCGAAAUUCCACAAGAGGUUCUUGCCAAAUUUCGUAAAAAUGGUUCAAACAUCGAAGUAACCCUUCAAAGAUUCUUCCAUAGUCUGAAUUUCACAGUAACUGAUGCGCAGGUAAAGACUGCAGAAUUAUUGACUGUUACCAGUGAUGAUCAGAUUGUGUUUAUGACACAAGAACCUCAGGGAAAUAAACUCACCAAUGGUGUGUCUAAUACAAGCAAUGAUACUCCUCAAAAUCGCCACAAACAGCAUCCUCAUCGUGGACAUGGAGUGUGGCAACGUAAGACACCAGUGAAACCCAGCAAGAUGGUACAGUACCUUCCCCUGUAUAGGAAGGACAUUUUCUAUCGGGGAAACCUCCUUAAAUUGUCAGGCACACACUACAGAUCAAGCAGUUGCCCAGAGUUGUACAUAAGUUCAUUUGAGGAUGAUGAAGAUGAUGAUGAGGAUGAUAUAUUUGACAUAUGUCCUCUUUGCAAAAUUCUCCGCUUAUCAAAACAAGUGAAGAGGGUGAUGAAAACAAUGUUUGAUGUGAAGAUUCUCGGAAAUCCUUUGUUCUUAGUAUUUGCAAUCUCCAACUUUAUUCUCUACUUCUGGUAUGAUGUACCAUAUGUUUUCAUGGCUGAUAGGGCAACAGAGCUGGGUGUUUCAGAGGAGAGGGCUUCACUGAUAAUCUCCGUGAUUGGCAUAGUAAACACAUUUGGCCAGGUACUGUAUGGCUACCUGGGUGACAAGGACAUCAGCCUCAACUUGCUGUAUGCUGUGUCCUGCAUCCUGUCCGGGGUGAGUGUGUUGAUGGUGCCACUGUUGCACUCCUACUGGUACAUGUGCACCCUAGCAGGCAGCUUUGGCUUCUUCAUCGGCUCUAACUAUGCCCUGACCACUGUCAUGCUGGUGGAGUUCCUGGGGAUAGACAAACUGACCAACGCCUGUGGACUGCUGAUGAUGAUUCAGGGAAUUGCCAAUCUAAUUGGGCCCCCUGUUGCUGGUUGGAUGUAUGAUGAAACGAAGAGCUAUGAUGCCACAUUCUAUGCUGCUGGUGCCUUCAUAAUCAUAGCCGGUGCAAUGUUGCUCGUUAUCAAGUGUCUGAAGCGGUUGAGAAAGUGGAAACGGAUGCGUCACUAUAACCGGGAUAUAGUCGUGAAGGCAACCUCGAGUGGAAGGCGGGUACAGAUACAGGAGCCCAGCUGUGUUGUGGUGGAGAUCGAGUCUGUAGUGUAAGCGUUGUGGGAUAUCUGUAGUUCACCCAGUAGCUUAAUACACCUUUGUGUUGGGUACUAGUGCCAGACAAGUGCACCUGUCAGGUGCUACAUAUGUGGAGUGGGUUCUCAGCAAUAUGUACUGAUAACUUUCUCAGGGACAUAUGGUUGUGUACUGACAGAGGAUAAGACUAGGUGUGGCAUGUGUGUCUAUGGUGAAGCCAUGUUGGCAUGUGAGUUGCGCGCCACAUGGUCUAAUGUGAGGUCAUGUUGGCAUGAGAGCUGUGUGCCAGAUGGUCUAUGGUGAAGCCAUGUUGGCAUGUGAGUGUGUGCCAGAUAGUCUAAGGUGAGCCCAUGUUGGCAUGAGAGCUGUGUGCCAGAUGGUCUGUGGUGAAGCCAUGUUGGCAUGUGAGUGUGUGCCAGAUAGUCUAAGGUGAGCCCAUGUUGGCAUGAGAUCUGUGUGCCAGAUUGUCUAAGGUGAGCCCAUGUUGGCAUGUAAGUUGUGUGCCAGAUGAGAGUUGCAUGCCACAUGGUCUAAGGUGAGGUCAUGUUGGCAUGAGAGCUGUGUGCCAGAUGGUCUUAGGUGAGCCCUUGUUGGCAUGUAAGUUGUCUGCCAGAUGAGAGUUGCAUGCCUACAUGGUCUAAGGUGAGGUCAUGAUGAUAGAUGAGUUGCAUAACACAUGGUCUGAGUCUGUGGUUGAGUCGAGUGACAGGUUGCAUACGAAUGGGUAAAUAUAUAAACAAGGUGUAUAUUUUACAUAUUAAUCCAAAUAUAGAAUUGAGGUCAGUGAUUUCUUCCUUUUUUUUAUAUUACUCAUCACCUCUCUCAAUUUCAAUGAUGUUAAUCUCAUAUUGUGUACCCUAACAGCUAGCUGGUGUUUAGUCACAGUGUGCACAGAUUGGUAGCUCACCUGCACCGAAGAUUUGGCUUCAUUUGCUAUCUAUACCCUCAGAAAAAAGUGGGAAUGCUUCUCCUUUGGGUAGUUCAUAGUUGAUCUCAUCAUUCUUGUUUUGGUUUUGUCUGCAUACCAUUAAUUUUGUCUUUAAUUAACCAGAAUAUAUACUUGGAAGACAAGAUGACAUGUCACUAUUUUUUAUAUUUGAUUUUCUUGUUACAAGAAAUCUUGUUUGGUGCUUAAAUGCGUUAUUGUUACAAAUAUGCUGAUGUCUUUGUUUGUGAUAAUUGUUUUCAUUUUUGUGUUGCAAAUAUGAUUUCAAUUUAGUUGAAGUCCUUGUUAUUUUACCCCUUUAAGCAUCAGUGUGAUGACAGCGAACUUAUAUUUCUUGUCAGUUGUGCUUUUUUAGGUAUAUUUAGUGAAACUGAUGUAUGUUUUAUUUUGAAGCCAUGAGAGCAUAUUCUUGCAAUUCCUCUCUUUGUGUCAGGAAUGUGUCUCAGGCAUCUUUGGCUUCAAGGUAAUAGGCUACCUGUUGCAAGUUAAAACCUCGAAAUACCUGUCCAAUUUGCCAUCUUUAUUUCAACUCAAAUAUUGUUGAAAAGUCAGUAGUGCUUUGUUGACACAUGCAGGAUCACUUAUUUCAGUGAUAAUACAGCCAUGAUCAUUGAACUUUGUGAAAUCAAUCAAUGGUUUCUCCUAUUUUCUGAUUCAAAAGAGCCUACAAAUCAAAUGUACUCUUUAUGAAUCAAACCAUUUGUGACUCUUGCAACAUUGUCUGUUUAUAUACUCACAAAAGGUAAAGUUUUCUUUUGUUCAUGCAUAUUUACUUAUUAUUGGUUGUAUGGACAGAAUCUUGAUCCUCCUCUUCAGAACUGGAAGUGAAAAAUCCAAAUUGAACCCCUUUUAUUCUUGGAAACAAAUUGUACAUUAUUUAUAGGUAUCAAAUAUGAAAUUGUGUGGAUACGAGCGACUUACUGUGAAGAGUUUUGUCCUUUAGGUUUGCCAGGAAGCUUUGCUCAUGGGUUUGAAUCUUUCUCCUGAUUAUCGUUCUUGUUAUAUCAGUUUGUUUAACGUACAGCUCAGAUGAGUGUGACAUGCAACUCAUGUCAAUAACAUUAGGUUUCUUGUUUGUCGUUCGCACAGCUAUCCAAAUCCUGUUCUUGAGUUGGAUAAGAGACAAUUCCAGUGAUGCGAUAUCUAUAUUAGUAUCCCUCUUUGAAUAUUAAUAAUCAUAAUUAUCUGCUGGUGUUUUGUUUUUUGUGUUCUGGAUCAAGCUCAAAUUUGAUCUGUGUUUUUUUACUUUGAACAUGUACUACUACUAGGGGUUUUAUAUAUCCAACAUAAUCCUCUCCAUGAUAACUGUAUUAUCUUUCGUAUUACCCUGGGUUUUACCUCCUUUGUUUGUAUGUUGUGCAUGCUAAUAUCACUGGUAGAAGAUU